AUGCGAGUCGACUUUUCCAACCUGGCCGUCACCGCAGGCUUGCUUGCAUCCGUCAGAACCUGCGUUGCCCAAGAUAUCCCUGCCGACCUGCCGAUUUCCGCGUUAUUGACCUCGGCGCAAUCGCAUCUUGCUAGAGGCGAAACAAACGAGGCUCUGGCGUAUUAUGACGCUGCCAUUGCCAAGGACCCGGCAAACUACUUGACCCUGUUCAAGCGUGCCACCACGUAUCUCUCCCUGGGCCGCUCUCACCAGGCCAGUCAGGACUUUGGGCGAGUUCUAGAACUGAAGCCGGAAUUCGAACAGGCGCACUUGCAGCUGGCCAAGAUCAAGGCCAAGGUUGCCGACUGGGAUGGCGCGCGAGCCGAGUACUUGUCUGUCGCCAAAGGCGCAGAGUCUCCCGAGUUCCAGGCGCUUGCCGAAGCCCAGAAGGCUGCCGAGCUAGCCAACGAUGCGGUAAAGCUGCAGCAAUGGGAGGAGUGCGUGAGCUACGCAGGUACGGCCAUCCUCGUUGCCUCUCGAGCGCCGUCUCUACGCCAAUUGCGCUCCCGCUGCAGGUUCGAACGCGGCGAGAUCGAGGAGGGCAUGAGCGAUUUGCAUCACCUUUUGCAGCUUCGGCCCGGCGACAUCGAUCCUCACGUCUUUAUAUCCGCAACUACUUUCUACGGACUCGCGGACCUUGACAACGGCUUGGCGCAAGUGAGGAAGUGCCUGCACUCGGAUCCCGACUCCAAGGUCUGCAAAAGCCUCCACAAGCAGGAGAAGCGUGUGCAAAAGGCGUUUUCCAAGGCCGAAAGCCAACUGAACCGUGGUCAAUUCACCACAGCUGGGCGGGCGCUGGUAGGAACGAGCGAUGAGCCUGGCCUGCUUACCACUGUCAAGGAGCAGAUACAGGAGCUGAGGCAGGCUGGUAGAAUACCCGUGAAUGCAAGAACAAGGCUGUCUGACAAGGUGGUUGAAAUGGUGUGCCAUGCUUAUUCGGAGUCAAACCACAAAGAAGCUUCCAAAUACUGCGAGGAAGCCAUUGAAGCGGAUCCCGAAUCUUUCUGGGGCCUUCUGUACCGGGGCAAAUCGCUCUACAAGCGCGAGGAGUACGAGGCAGCCAUUCGGGCGCUCGAAAAGGCUGCGGAACGGUGGCCUGACAAGAGGGACAAGGUCAACGCCAUUCUGGAAAAGGCGCACAUCGCUCUCAAGCGCAGCAAAACAAAGGACUACUACAAAGUGCUGGGAGUGGCCAAUGAUGCCGACGAGAGGCAAAUCAAAUCCGCGUAUCGCAAGGCAUCCAAGCAGUACCACCCGGACAAGGCCGCCAAACAAGGCAUCAGCAAGGAGGAUGCCGAGAAGAAAAUGGCCUCCAUCAACGAGGCGUACGAAGUGCUCAGCAACCCAGAACUCCGCGCGCGCUUUGAUCGGGGAGACGACCCCAAUUCGCAACAACAGGCCAACCCGUACCAGGGCAGUCCCUUUGGCGGAGGGCACCCGUUCAUGUUCCAACAAGGAGGCGGCGCCAACUUUAAAUUCCAGUUCCCUGGCGGAGGUGGCCCCUUUGGAUUCUGA